AUGUCGUCGUCGUUGUUGUCGUCGUCGGUGGCGGACGGAAGAGCACAAGAUUUGACUUUGCUUGAUUGCAGCCGUCUUUUGUUUGAAGCACUCGGGGAAUGUUCAACGGACAAGUUGAAAUUGGUUAUAUGUACACACAGUGUGGAUGACGUCAGUCACAGUUUACUCCAACGCAAUGACGACGGUGAAACACCUUUGGUGGUCGCCAUGAAAAGCAAACGGUCUUCAUUGGCACUACAGUGUGUUGAAGAAUUGGUCGACUUUCUACAGCGUUGGCAUAGUCCCCUGCUGGAUGACGGAGAGGAUCAAGACUCUUAUGACAAUAAUUACACGCUGUUUGCAAAGAUUAUUGAUGAGCUAUCCAACUCUGUUCCUAUUUUGGAUGUGAUGGAUCAUCUCAUCAACGACCACUGCUCUGUCGCUUGGUUGGAUCUCGUUGCCCAUGUUUUCUCCAGUUCCACCACCCUUACACGGGAGACGAAAAUUAUUGCAUUGGAACUGAUUGGUGCUUACUUGAUAAUGGACGACACAUAUUUAACAUAUUAUAGGCCAUUUUCAGUUUCAGCGGCAAAGAUUGGAUUACAGUACUGGCGGCGAGCCAUGAGUUUUCGCCUUUUUCCACGUGACGGUGAGCCUCCUCUCCCCAAAAGACCGCAUGUGGCGGUGGCAACGGAAGCGUCUGUGGCCGUCUUUGGCUCUCUCGUGGAAGUGACGACCAUGCAAGAAUUGGACGUGUUGCGGGAAGAGAUUCAACGUGGUUUUUACACGCUGCAACAUCACGACGGGCAAGAAAGACCCUUGACUAUGCUUUUGCAUGGGCAUGCCCUUCUUGUUGCACGCCGGAUCGGUAAGCAACACUAUGCAGACGGACCCUACGCUCUCUAUCUCCGUUAUUUAAUGGGCUUUCCUCCCAUCCACUACGAUUGGUAUUUGUGCUACGGGGACUUUGACGAAGACAACCAUCUUGUGCUGAGCAUUUGCGUACUCAUUUUGCAACAGGUGAAUGGUUACGACCCCAGAAACAUUUCGGCGCUUUCCUUUAAGAUGUUGAGCAGAACACUACGCCUCAUGUCAUCCGUGUUAAUCUCGCUGGUAGACACACGGCCUGGAACACUUGGAAGGGAGCACUUGUCUUGCGCCAAUCUCCUCGUGCCUCCCCAAUUUUUCGCCACCAUUUUGAAUUAUUUUGAAGCGCCACAGUGUUUCUCUUUUAAACGGUGGGAAGGAUUCGAAAAUUUUGGUGAACUUGUUAUUCGCUUUCUAUACGUUGUGGAUUCAAUUUCCCCCCAUUUGACUGAUGUAGAAAAGCAGCAGUUGGAAGAGCUCUAUUCAACCGUUAUUCGCUGCUGCUUUUCAGAACGUUCCACGACUGUGCUUCAGGCGGCAAUUGAGCACGGUGACGAGUAUGACUCCGAGUACGAUGUAACAAUCAAUCUGGUUACACUAGUUCUCAAACUUGGAGUCGACCCGAACGUAAUCGGUCCGUUUGGCAAAACUCCGCUUCAUUAUAUGGCUGCCCAGUUUCAUCGUUUGCCGGAAAUUCUGCCUAUAUUCCAGGCUGUGGUUGACUCUGGUGGACAUCUCGACAUGGCCGCCUUCGACGGUGAAACUGUUAUCGACAUUCUCAAGCGGUCGGUACAGUUCAUAAAAGACAACAGCCACCUGGGCUACAGCGCCCCUCCUUACUACGCUUCGCUAUUGAACACCGUGUUUCCCCUGUCUUGCUUAUGCGCUCGAGUUAUCCGGGAGCAUGGCAUUCCGUUUGAUGGGGGUCGGCUUCCGCUUCGUCUCCAAGAAUUCGUCGCUCGUCACAGCGCUGCCGAUGUACGCAUCGGAGACGACGUACCGUUAACCUAUGAUCACUACAUGGGUCAUUGA